CUAAGUCAAAGGUGAAGAAGUGACAAAACCCAGGCAUGAUGUUGUCAAGAAAUAUUUUAACUAAGACGAUCCAACGUGAAAUUGAGGAUGGAGGCCAUGCCUCUUUUCAGAGAAGAUUCCAUGUUACAUCAGACUUCGUUAACCGGCUUGGUUUGGAGGCAGAGCUUGAGGGACAUCAGGGGUGUGUAAAUUGUCUAGAAUGGAACGAGUCAGGAACGCUCCUGGCUAGUGGAUCAGAUGAUGUCCAGGUGAUUAUCUGGGAUCCUCUCAGGCACAAGUCACUGACCACCAUACGGACUGGACAUCAGGGAAACAUCUUCUCUGUCAAGUUCUUGCCUAACUCCAGCGAUUCCAUCAUCGUAAGCGGGGCAGCUGACUGUAAGAUCCGCGUUCAUGACCUGAAUGUGAAGGAGACCACCCACGUGUUCAGCUGUCAUGCCGGCCGAGUCAAGCGCAUUGCCACUGCUCCCAAUGUCCCCUUCAUGUUCUGGAGUGCUGCUGAAGAUGGAACCAUUAUGCAGUUUGAUCUUCGCACCCCAGAGCUGAGCGCAAACUACCCGCAGAAUGUCCUGAUAAACCUGAAUGCCCACAUGGGGCCUCAUGCUGAGGCCAAGUGUGUGGCCCUUAACCCAAUCCGGCCCGAGCAGCUGGCUGUCGGGGCCAAUGACCCCUAUGUUCGUCUCUACGACAGACGCAUGUUGUCUUGUAAGAGUAUCAAGUUCCCUAAUGACAACGGAUUCAGAUCACCAUGGGAGAGACAGAAUUUGCUGGCAAACUUCAUGUCUGCAGAAGAUUACGCAUUACCCCAGGGCUGUGCCAAGUACCUGAUUGCUGGUCACCUUCCCCAGAAGCAACAAGAGUACAGGAAAAAGUACCGCACCCUAGCCUCCACCUUUCUCACGUUUGGACCUGAUGGAUCAGAGCUAUUAGUCAAUCUGGGUGGGGAGCAGAUCUACAUGUUUGAUGUCAACAAACCUGAGAGACCUCAGAAAUUUGACAAGUCACUGUGCCUAGCAGCAAAUGGACUGGUCAAAGAAGCUUGUGCCUCCACAAAUGGCUAUAGCCUACACAGGAAUGGAACAACAGCCAAUGGGGUAACAAAUGGUGUGACCAAACACGGAGUUCUCCCCUCAUCUUCUGCCCUGUCUGCCAGGAUGGACACAGAGGCUUCAAACAGGAGUGUUAAAAGACACCGACCUGACCCGAGGCCUCUGUCCAGCGCUGUGGAGAAGAUAAAGAAGGCAGCGAACAGUUGCUUUGAGAAUGAGCAGUACCACCGAGCCAUUAUCCUGUAUAACCAGGCUGUGGCCAUGGCGUCUGACUCACCUGUACUGUAUGGUAACAGAGCCGCAGCUUUCAUGAAGAGAAGAUGGGAUGGGGAUUUGUACGCUGCUCUCCGGGACUGCCACACAGCCAUUAAGAUUGAUCCCAAUCAUCUGAAAGCCCACUUCCGAUUGGCUCGCUGCCUUUACGAGUUGUCAUGGACAAAGGAGGCAUAUGAAUGUCUACAGCAAUUCAAAGAUAAAUUUCCUGAUUAUGCAAAAAGCCAUGCGUGUGCGGCCUUAGAUCGGGAUAUCAAGGCGGCUAUAUUCUCACAGACCGAUUCACCACUUCCAGAAGAAAGUGAGCCUCCUAGUCCAACAGAGAAAGGCGAUACCUCCCCUUCCAAGAAGACAGUGGUGAAAAUCUCCGACCAGGAGAAGAUCUGGCGGAGUGAAGCCUGUGAUUAUGCGCAGAGGUUCUGCGGGCACUGCAACACAACCACCGACAUCAAAGAGGCCAACUUCUUUGGAAGCAAUGGUCAGUAUAUUGUGGCUGGCUCUGAUGAUGGCUCCUUCUUUAUCUGGGAAAAGAAGACUACGAACAUUGUGCGUGUUCUAAGGGGAGACGACUCCAUAGUGAACUGUCUACAGUCCCACCCCACCAACUGUCUGCUGGCCACCAGUGGGAUAGACCCUGUCGUGAGACUCUGGAGCCCCAGAGCUGAGGAUGGCAGUAAGAAUGACCGUGAGGUUGACAACUCCGACGAUGCUGCUGUAGCCAAUCAGAAGAGGAUGAACGCUGACCCUCUGGAGGUGAUGCUCAUGAAUAUGGGGUACAGAAUAACUGGGGUCCUAGAUGUUGAUGAGGAGGACCCCGAUCGGUCAGAUCAUACCGUCCAGUGUCGACCGAGCUGAAACGCCUACUGCAACAACAACAGUGCUUAUUAUUAUCCAGUCCAGCCUGUAUAAAUCCAUGGAUGGUUUCGUUUAGUUAUGACAGGGAAAUAAAGCCCUAUCUGUGUGAUGUACGUGUACAGAUAUAAAUCUAUAGCUUUUCUUCAAACAAUAUUGCAUCUUUUAUGAACAGGGAAGAACCAAGUAUCCUCAGUAACUAUGACAAAAAAAAGCAAAACGUACUAAAUGUAGCAGUUGUUUAGUGGCGUACAUCUAGUAUUACAAGCAUAGUCUCAUAGAGGUCAAAGAAAGUAAACAACUGAACUGAAUCUUCA